UACAGAGUCGAACUGUAAGCCAAGAACAACAAUCUGAUUCGGACAAAAAGAGAGAUGAUCCACUUCAAAUUUGCAGGUAUCACAAAUCAAUUUCUCAACAUCAGGGGGAUGAGUGAAUCACCGCUAAGCGAAACAGCAUCGUCGAAGGGGACGGAUGCGUCUCGAAUUGGAGAUGUAAAGCAAUGGCUGGCUCAGGAAUUCUCCCAAGCCGGAAAGGAAGUACCCGAUUUCGAAUACACCCCUCGCUCCGUAGCAGUUUUACGCAACCUUGCCAUUCUUUCCCAGUCCCAGACUCAAGCCCAAGAUCCUCGCCUUUGAUUUCCGCCUCAAAGCCUCUGAGUACUGGUCCCAAGGUCCCCCUCCGCUCUCAGACCAAUUUGGGGGUGAUGGUGGGUAAAGAGAAACUGUACAAUCUACAAACUGCCAACUAUAAGGUACUGAACUUUUGUUCAUGCUACUGCUUUUGUUAAUAUUGUGUUUUGGAAAAGAAUACAUGAUAGAAAUAAAAAAGCAACAUCUGAUAGAUAAAACCUGAAGUCUUGAAAUCUAUAAACAAGUGUAGUAUAUGUGUUGGCUCUUAAUGUUAGUUUGCUUGUGAAUCAAAUUUAUAUGUGAUGAAGUAACAGGUGACUAGAAGACUGCAUGCUAAAAGACCACAUGGUAAAGUUACAGCAGUCAUGUAACCAUGGGGUAAUCAAUAGGAGUAUGGUAUGAAUCACACAAACAGGCUGAUCACACCAAACCCAACAGAAUCUUUGGAGUCUGUCUGUUCCUCUUGCCUCCUAUACAAACAUGUCGGUUGAUUCUUUGGGCGUCAGCACUUAUGAGACCAAAACUAAUUGAUAUGAAGAACAAAACCUUAGAACCAUCUAAUUUAAUGAAUCAGGUUCCGUAUAAAGUGAUCCUAUAUUUGGUCUGGCCAACAUUUGAUAAGAAUAUUAUUUCAUAAGCAUUGAUGCAGUCAUAAGGGCAACUCGUGAGCCAGACUGCGUAGUUUAAUCUGAAACAGGUUGCAAACCUAGUGUUCGAUGAAGAACUGAUAUGUAAACGUUAGUUUCAGAAGCUCGUGUGUACAUGUUACAUUUUAGUAUGCAUGGGCAUCAUAAUGGCCAUCUCACCGCAUUUUGUUUUUCUGUAUGCAUUUUCUGAAGGAAAUAAACGUGGAAUAGAUUUAGGGAGAUGUUCGUUGAUGACAAUUUAUGGGUAAAGUGCACAAUCUAUAAUAAAAAGGGUCUUUGAUGAUGUAAAAGGCAAAGAGAUGAAUUGUCUUGGAAGUCUGUUUUGGACUUUUGGGGCUCCUUUUUUGGGAAUUUAUGGAGUCUACUUUUCCUGUUAUCUUGUUGGAUUGGCUGGCAGGCAGCAGGUUUUUUAGUAAUUGUUCAGAUAGAAUUCUGGUUAUGGUGAGGUUUUCAGUUGGUUUAGUCAUCUGGUUCAUGGCUUGUGUUCUUAUGUAUUUCUAUGAAACUCUUAUUCACUGACUGUGCUCGUAAUAUAUUAUGCUUAUUAGCUUUUCAAGUUUAUAAAACUUCUCAAGUAUAUAUUAAAUAGUAGGUUUGCAUAUGUAAAAUUGUCCAUAUAGAUAUAUCGUGACAUUUAUUGAUAUGAAGACAAGAACAUAGGAUGGCUGUUGGCAUCUGCGACUUUUCAUAAAUUUAAGUGGGAAUAUACCACAAAUGUUCAAUACAGAGGAUUAGCUUCUGUAUUUUGAAAAUCAUCAUAUGUGGCUAGAGCAUCAUAUAGGGCAAACUGGGAGGGAUGCUUUGGCUCCGUGGUUGACAACAAACAUGUUCUGUAUUUUGAAAAUCAUAAUAUGUGGCUUUGCCAAAUCCUGUUGUGUGCCAGCCAGCUAGGCAUUAGUGUGUAUAUUGCUUAGCUCAAGGAAGAAAUAUGUAUACUCCAUGGGUUGUAUGCUUGUAUUAUACCCCCUAACUAUUUUACUUAGACAAAUAGGUAGUAUUACUUUUCCAGACAGCAGUUUAGCCCCAUCAUACAAGGUUCACACAUACACAGAAUAUAGGUACGGUAUGAACUACAAUUGUUCUUACCUGUAUCAUGCAUACUUCUAUUAGCUUAAGUCAUUACUGUUGACAGCUCGAAAAUGUCCUUGUAAUUUUUGGUAAGUUUUCUGAGAUACUAAUAAUCUUAAUCUUAGUGUCCCAGCUUAACAGGGCAUUCCAAUUUAAAUAAAGGUGAAGCUGAAAAUGUGUGCAUCAAUAAUCUCUUUGGUCCUUGAUCCAUACUGAAACCUUGUCUGCUAGAACGGUAACAUUCCUAAAUUCAUAAUAAUAAAAUUUCGAAUUUAUGGAUGCUAACACUCUGAUAUAAUUUCAAAAAAAAUGAAAUUAUGUUACAGCAACUUAAUAUCAUUACCAAAUUUAACAAAACACUUGGCUUACAAACUGUAACAAAACGUAAUUACACAAAUUUAAGUUGUACAGUAAUCACUCUCACACAAGUCCUCACCAAAACAGACUAAAAUGGACAGAAGCAAAACAAUGCUCUACUGUCACGCUACGGAAAACCGUCUACCUAUACUGUCUCGCAGUACCUGCAGUACUACCCCCUGCACCAAUAAUGGUACACCAGGAUUGUAAACACAAACUUGGUCAGCUACAAAGCUGGUAUGAGUAAACUAAAAGAAUUACUCAAGCAUAAUGUAACAUAUUUUUAAAACUCAGAAAUAUAUAUAAAACAACAUUAUCAUCGCAAUACUAAUAACGUCAAACACACAACCAAUGCCACAACAAACGCCACAUAUCGCAACACAAGUAUAAUAACAAUUUACAAGCACAUCGCAACACAUGCAGAACUUUCUGGGUUAAUGCGACCCUCAAGUCGCACCCAGAAGAUUGACAGUAAUACUAGAGCUCUCGAUGAUCAUCCCCACAACCGGCCAAGAAGUGGUUCUGACAUAUACCUACGCCACUAAGGUCGCCACAAAUGCAGAACCUUGAAAUACAUUUUGCCACUUGGACCGCCACUAAGGCUAAAUCAUAUGUAUUCAUUUGUUUUUUCGCCAAACUGGCCGCCACUAAGGCAGAACAACUCACACAAAAUCUUUUGUCUCAAAAUGGCCACUACAAACACAACACCACAACCUACAAAGUCACACACGUAACAAUCGUAUCGGAAGGUAUAUUUUAUUCCCUUCCGGUAACAAUAUAACCAUAAUAUAACUCCAUAAUGUCGGAAUGUACAUUUUCUUCACGCUCGGCCACACAACAUAUAAGCACUUCGACUAUACACAUAUUUCAUCCAAAAUCCUCUAAUUUACCGAGAGGUACAUUUUAUUCCCCUUCGGUCCCAUCCUCCACAAUAUAAUAUAAACCAACUAAAAAUACACAAUAUAUUUCACAAACAUAAUAGCUUUAUACACUUAGUGAUAAAUACAUACAUAUCUUAUUACCAUUUAGAUAUACGUAUAUAAAUCACCAAAUAUAUACACAUUUAUAUUUCAAUCUUACAACAAGUAAAAAUAUACAAAAAGAAGUUCACAUGUCUAGAUACCGCCAAUGAUAACUAGACCAAACGUGAGGUUUACUCAUUUUAAUGCUUGCUUCCACUUCUAACUCAACAAGUCGAACACUUGUUUCCAACUCAAGCACCUAAGUUGAACAUAGCUCCACUUAAUAAAAAGGAACUAAAAAAAACCAAAUAAUAAGCACUUCAUAAAUUUCGACAAGAAUGCUGAAAUUACUAAGGUCAUUCAUGCCACACACUAGUGGCAUAUACUCAAACCUCUUCACCCUCUUUUUCUCUUACUUCCCAAAACCAACAUUUCUAAAAUGUCACAACUUAACUAAACAAAUUCCCCAAACAAUAUCAUGGCACUCCCAAACAGCCCCUACUCCCUCAAGCCUCCAUUGCUUUCCAAAAGAACCCCUUCACUACCCAAAACACCAAAAUAGUGGCCUAACUACUUCCAUUGUAUCAAAAUCUCUCACAUGAAUUCCAUCAAACACUUUCCGUGCAUUCUCUUAAACCCUUCCACUUCUCACAACCAAGACCCUAAAACUUACAAUACCUCUUGACUUUCAAAUAACUCACCAUUACCACUAAGAACACUACCAAACAGCAAUAUAACAUAACUAUCAAGGAAAACGAAAUUACCAAGAUUGAGCUCUUUAAGUCACUGCCUAAAAUUAGCAGCAACUAACCAAGCCACUGGUGCACACAACCAGCAGCUUUACUAGCGCCUCAAAGUCUCCUUACGCUGGCUACAGCUGCAACAACACUCCCCAGGCAGCAGCAGCAGCAAGCAACACAGUGGUUGGGUGAGAAGAUCAAAAGAGAAGAAGAAUUUGUGGAGAGAAAGAAGAGAAGAGUCGGUGGGAGUUUCUGCUAAUAGAAGAGAAAGGAGAUGAGAGAAUGAGAGAAAGAAGAGAAGAUGAAAGAGAGAAAAAGAAAAACAAGUCGGCGAGAAAAAAAAAGAUAUUUUCCCAAAAAGUUUCCAAUUUUCACCCCCUCCCAUUUUUCUCCUCUUCAAUUAUAGCAACUUUCUCAUAUGACCUUCGAAUAAAAUGUGUCACGUGUCUAUGAAUUCGUAUCGACGAGCUCUACGACUUUCGUGAAUGAAAUUUUCGGAAACGAGUGACAGAUCAAAAGUCGACUCUUGAGUCGAAUGAAUUAAAUCGUAAAACGACUUAAUGGUUCUCGAACCGAUUUGUACUUCGAAUGAAGGCUAUUUAAAAGAUGUAGAAUAUGGAUAUAACCAAACUAUCAUUUCAUUAAUCUCUAUUAAAUUUCAAUAAAUUAAUAACAAUAUUCAGGUUAUUGCAAGAACAUCUUAGUUUGCAAGGUUAUCAUUGUUCGUUUGCCAUCAAACUAGGUGAUAGAAAUCCAUGAGUUUGUCAUAUAUCAAGGAAUUAUGGUAGAUGUUAAUAAGUAUUGAUAAUUGUUGAACCCUGAUCUGUCAAUUUUACUAGCUUACUCCUAUCCUUGAUUUAUUGGUUUUGAAUAAGAGUGUGAUUUGAACUGCUUGCACAUACUACUCUUACUCGUAUGGGUUAUACCCCUGAGAUUAGCCAUGGGCUGUUGGUUGAAUUGGCUGAGCACCGUAAGGAAUUAGAAAAGAAGACGAAACCCGUUCUUGAUACUUUGCGAAGCUACCAAGACUUGCCCCCGGAUAAAGCUUUGGCUGCUUUAGCAAUUGAGGAGAAGAAAAGAUAGUAUGCUGCUGCCGAGAAGUAGCUCGAAGAUGUGUUACAUUCAGCUCUUGCCACUUCAGAGUAG